AUGAGUACGUACGGGACUCUCCUGCGAGUCACGUCAUUUGGCGAGAGUCAUGGGAAAGCAAUUGGAUGUGUAAUAGAUGGUUUUUUACCAAAUGUUGAAAUAGAUUUUGAUUUAAUUCAAAAACAGUUAAAUAGAAGAAGACCUAAUCAAUCUAAAUUAACAAGUAAUAGAAAUGAACAAGAUAAAAUAAUCAUCCUUUCAGGUUUUGAUGAAAAUAAAACUUUGGGAACACCGAUUGCUUUUUUAAUAAACAAUGAGGAUGUUAAAAAAGAAAAUUAUUCCUCGUUCAUAAAUAUUCCAAGACCCGGACAUGGGGAUUACACUUAUUUUAUGAAAUAUAAUGUUAAAAAUAAAAGUGGAAGUAGUAGAUUUUCAGGAAGGGAAACAGCUACGCGUGUAGCAGCAGGUGCUUGUAUAGAACAGUGGUUAAAUAGUUUUUAUAAUUGUACCAUUAUUUGUUAUGUUCAUUCUGUGGGGACAAUAAAAUUACCUGACCAUGUCAGCAAAAAUUUCGAACAAUAUCCACCCUCUAGAGAUUUAAUUGACACAUAUGGGAGUGUCAGAUAUGAUGAACGUCGGAAAAUAUUUAUCGAUUUUUUUAACAAUAUGUACAACGAGAAUGGAAUUCUCUUGGGGAAACAUUUGCUUCAGCAAGAUAAGUCAAUUUGUCAGACUUAUCACACACGAUUAAGCGAAAAGGACAACCAUAUCAGUGAUAAGAGCUGGAACAAGGGUAAUGAAACAUCUACAAAUGAACUCAAAUGCAAAGAAAAGAAUCAAGAUGAUGGCUAUGUCAUACUACAAACGAGAUGCCCACAUCCAUUCACAGCAGUACAAAUUUGUUCAUAUAUUUUAAAACUAAAAAAUGCAGGGGAUAGUAUUGGAGGAAUAGCUACCUGUGUUGUUAAGAAUGUACCAAUAGGAAUUGGUGAACCCAUUUUUGAAAAAAUCGAAGCUGAAUUGGGUAAAAUUAUUUUAUCCAUACCAGCAGUAAAAGGUAUCGAAUUUGGAACUGGAUUCCAUGGCACCUACAUGCUUGGAUCAGAACAUAAUGAUUUAUUUACAACUCUGGAUUGUAAACAGGAGGAGGGGACUACCCCAAAUGGAAGAAUUCAAAUGAACACAGUUGGAAACAAAUUAAGAGAGGAACUGCAUGAGUGGAAUUAUACAACAGAUAGUUUUUUUUUCAAAAUAAAUGACAGUCAUCGACCGGGUGAUGUUUCGAAUCGAUCAGGUGAUGCUUCAAAUCGAUCAGGUGAUGUCUCGAAUCGAUCAGGUGAUGCUUCAAAUCGAUCAGGUGAUGUCUCGAAUCGAUCAGGUGAUGUCUCGAAUCGAUCAGGUGAUGCUUCAAAUCGAUCAGGUGAUGUCUCGAAUCCAUCUGAGGAACAUAUCGAUGAAUCGAUUCGAAAAAAGGUCCCAUCAAAAGUCGAAAAGUUACUAGUAACAAAAACCAACAACUGUGGAGGGAUUCUGGCAGGGAUUACAACAGGAAAUAACAUUGUCUUCAGAUCAGCAAUAAAACCUGUAUCAUCUAUACAAAUAGAAAAGGAGACAUGUGAUUUUUACGGGAAAAUGUGUAAACUGAAAGUAAAAGGAAUGCAUGAUUGUUGUAUUUUGCCAAGAAUACCCCCCAUUAUUGAAGCAUCAGCUUGUAUUGUAAUUGGGGAUAUGAUACUUCGCCAAGUGGCAAAAUAUAGUUAUAAUAAGCUUCCAUCUCUUGGUUGUAUUUCCAGUUCGACAACUGAAUGGAACAGAUAA